GCACACGCCCUAUGACAAUGAAAAAAAAAAAGUUGGCUGGACGGAGAGGUUAAAUCACGGAAAAGAUAUGCGUUGCUGCUUAAUCUAGCGCAAGACUGAAGAGGAGGAUCGGUGAGACAGAAGGAGAUAGAAGAAAUUGUUUAUUUGGUCUCUUGUUCCCGUCCUAAAGCGAUAUGGAGUCCGCCAUUAAGACAAUGGUGACCACGUUUCUCACUUCUGCCAGGGGGAAGGAGAACCUAGAUUCAAAAUCCUUCAAGAAACUGGUAAAGUCACAGCUUGGCGGCCUCAUGGAGGACACAAGCAGCUCCUCUGCCAUUGAAGAGAUGCAGAAGGGACUGGAUGAGAACAAUGAUGGAAAGGUGUCCUUCAAGGAAUACCUCGGUCUGAUUGGCUACUUGGCAAAGUCCCUCAGUGAAAGCAAGAGUGGAUCCAACGCAGAUGCGUCAUAGUCACCUGUGAAGUGUUCAGGGCCAAUUAACCAGCUUCUUACAGCUUUUUAAUAUCUUGUCCCGUUUUCAAACAGUUCAGCCGUUACAUCUUUUUAAUUUUUUUUUUUUACAGCAAUCCAUAAUCAUGUUUACUGAGUUAAUCAAGCCGCUGUAUAAUUCUCUGAGAUGCAUCUUAAUGUCUGUCCAGAUCAACCUGUUUUCACACCACAUUGAUCUCCAUUGUCAAGGACACACUGAAGGACUCUGAGCUUGUCAAUUUUUUUAUACCAAAUAUUCAAAAGAUGCUGAUUGUGUUUUCAAAAUAAAAGCUUUAUAUUAAAACUA